AUGCAGUUCACCACAGCCGCUGUCCUCGCCAUGGUUGCGGAUGUCCUGGCCCUUCCUCCCACUGUGAAUCAAGAUUUGGAACAGUCCCCGGCCGAGCCCCACAUGGCUCAUACAUCACAAAAUCCUUGCGGAGACUUCAUGAGGAAGGCCGUCUGCUGUCGCAGGUCUAUCUUCGGCUUGAUUGACAUGGGUUGUCACCCUGUUAAGCCAGACAUUCACACGGGACCGGGGCUGGCGGCUGCAUGCGCGGCCAAGAAGAAGCUGCCUAGAUGCUGUAUCCUGGGUUUUCUCGGCAUCUACGGCCCAUGCAAGCCACCAUAUGCCGUCGCCCAGGAGCUGGGCUAUUAUGACGGCGACGAGUACGAAGAUGUUGAAGUCAUCGUCACAGACCCAGAGUGGGAGUGA